AUGGUAUCUCUGGAUGUUGAUGAACGCCGACUGCCCAUGCUCACUGAGGGCCACGAGCUUGCUUAUAAGCAGAGCCACUUAGACAGGCUGUCUUUCACUGUGACCCCGCUCGUGAUAAGGUACUUGCCUCUCGUCGCGGGCUUCAUCAUGAAUGUAGGGCGUAUCAAGGACCUCACGAUAAGAUUCCAUACGGACCGCGCUCCCUUCACGGACUUCUCUGACACAUCCACUCUCAAGAAUCAGCUAGAUGCUCUGGCUACGUCUCUGAACUUUGGCAAAAAUAAAAUACAAUCCCUGGAGAUUCGAGUUUCGGGUCCUGUCGCCCCCUCAAUAUGGGAGAGUUUUUUCAGAAAACUCAAGAUACCUCAGCUCAAAGAAUUCAAGGCGUCGAUCCCUGGCAUGGAAUACAAAACCCUGUGUCACGUCCUAGUCAUGCAUCCCGAGAUCAGAGUUAUAAGACUCUCUUACGACCCCAGAGUCCUACGGCCUGGACUGCUUUGUCCCACGAUUCGCGCGAACGUGUAUUUCCCGAUCCAGGAGCUGUGGUGCCCGCCUCAGACAGUCUCAACCUUACUGUCGGAGAAUCAAAACUGGGACGAGCUAUCUGCGAUUACACUUGCGCCUGAUUAUGGGAGUGUUCUACCGGCACAGCAUCAAUGGGCUCAGUGGCUUGAGGACUGGAAUAUCUGCUUGCGUGUCAUAGGCGGUCGCUCUCUGACACGCCUCAGAUUGGUACUGGGAAUCCCGGCUUGCCCGUUUCCUUCCAGCGCACCGGCCGUCUCUAUCGGAAGCCUGCACGGGGUUGAACACCUGAUCUUAGAUGUACGGCACAGUCCCCACCUAAUGCAUAAUGUACCGGAAUACCUGAAGGCAUGGCUCUCUUCCCUGACAAGAGUACAGAGCGUCACUCUGGAAGGCCACCCCGAGCUUCGUGACACCAGCCUGGCAGCUUCCUGA